UGAACCGUUAUGCUGUAAACAAUAUCUCWUCCAAUGACUCCACUACAUGGUCUWAUAGCUAAAACAAGCUCACAACUUUCUGAAAGGCAAAUCUUGRUAAGUAUUAUGGCAUGGUUGCAUUUUGGUUGACAGUGAAGUAGACUGAGCACUUCUUUUGUUGAGCAMUUCUAUUUGAGCGUUURCUUUUUAUUUAUAUUUGUUCCUAAGACGUCUAAUCUAGAAAUCCUUUUUGGGUUGCAAAUCCUAUUAAUGCACAUUAAUAUCAAUGAUAUCUUGGAAACAAGAUGCUUUUAGUGGAAACUGAGAAAUUUCAAUCUUUAAUCACGAAAGUUCAGAUAGUUUCUACAUAGUUUCGAUUUCCYUGCGUCGCUCGUUCAAAGACACUAAUGAAGACUAAUUGCUGUGCAGUAGUCUACGUCUAUCAUAGGAGCACUUUUAAUCCAGAUAUAAGUACUUGGCUUUGAAGAUUUUAUGUGAAAUAUACGUCGUUUCACAAUUCUUGGCCAUGGUACAGAACACUGAAAUGAUUAUAUAUGUAAYAUGAUUGUACAUCACAUUCUCAGAUAGAUACGUACAACUUAUACUAAUAGUGAUUGAAAGUUCAGCGAAUACAAGAGUAUUUUUUCUAAAGGAAGUCUUCGUUCCAGUUUUUUAUGAUUGCUUUGGUACAUUUUCAAASUCAUAACUGGGCGCAAUCACGACUUGCAUUCCGCGUGCUCUUCCCAAUCUCUUUGAGAGCUCGGCUUUUCCUGAAAUGCURUAUUGCCUGCCACCGCUACAAUURUACUSCUAGAUUACAUAUCCAACAAUUACACCGUGRGWUUGAGUGAAGUAARUGCAAGGAGUUGCUCGUAGGCCAUGAGGCCGUACUUGGCAGAACGGAUUAUCAACUCGUACUGAGUUGACGAGAGCGAGUAAUCUGUCUAAAUUGUUGCAAACAAUAGAUUGAAAACAAAUUUUGAAAAGCUAUCCCGCUAAAGAUAUUUUGUUGUUUGUUCUCAGCGUGGUCAGUGCGUUGGUGUUUUUGAUAUCAUAGAGGUACUCGCAAUGACGAUGGCGCAGAAAGGACUUUUACCUAAAGUUGGUCACUCAAGCCCAACAGAUAAAGCACUWUUUCAAAAUCAUCACCAAAAGAAGAAAACCUUGAAUAUGACAGAACUAUCGGAGUACUACAAGYWUAAAAAACUUCACRUGGGACGAUUUCCUCGUCAAUCUCACAGGAAACAAACUUUGCAAAGUASGCCUCACAAACUUAAGCUCCCUUCAAUCGCUAUGAAAUCCAGAAAAGAUGUUAAAAGUACUAUCAAUUCUAAAGAAGUUARACUUCCUCAAUUACCUCCGAAAAAGGAACCAGCGAGAAGAAAAGAAACUGUAGUUAUUGUCUCUGGUACUAAACCUACCGAAAAAACUGGGGGAAUAGCUGGAAAUUGUACGUCUAAUUCUAAAAAGGAUAAUAUUGAUAAUAAAAAUGGAUCAAGGACCAUUGUUAAUGAAAAUAUUCACCAGGAAGUCAAAAGUGAGUUAGAACCACAGAAUUUACAGCCUCCUAKUGUGGACAACGAAGAGCCAACAAACAUYCCUAAGCAACGCACAAGAAUGAGUCAAAGCGAAUACUCAAAACAGAUAAAAUCGMGRAGAAAGCUAGCAUGGAAAGCACAGAGAGAGAAAGCAAAACUUUUCAAUAUUGACUUGGUUGAUCUUCACAGGAGCAUGCUGACGUCAUCAGCGACUAUGCGCGGCCUGAUGAAACUGAACGCAAGCGAAGUUGUUAUUUAUAGAUUCCGUCUGUCAAAUUAUGACAUGAUUGACAUACAAUACUAAUAAUUAUGGAAAUAUCUGACAAA